AUGGUUAUUGUUAUUUCAAAGAAAGUGAUUGAUAAUAUUUAUGCACUUGGUGCAGGAACAUCAGCUGAUUGUGAUUUUCAAGCACGUUUACUUGAAUCUCAACUUGAAUUAUUUAAAUUAAAUCAAGAUCGACAAGUUCAUGUUGCGACAGCUGUUAGAAAAAUCCAACAACAUCUUUUCAGACAUCAAGGUUAUCUCGGUGCUUAUUUAAUUAUUGUUGAUGUAGAUGUAACUGGUUCUCAUAUGGCAACAGUUCAUCCUCAUAGAAGCAUCUCAUUUCUACCUUUUGUUGCUUCAGGCAAAAAUUUAUUUUUAUUGAAUAUUUUUAUCAGAAUAUCAAAUUUAGGUUCUGGUGGAUAUACAUCAUUAUCCGUUAUUGAAGACCGUUCUAAAGCAAACAUGAUAGAAGAUGAAACAAAACAAUUGAUACGUGAUGCACUCUAUGCAUCUACCAUAACAGAUUUAUUUUCUGGAAGUAAAAUUAAUAUGUAUGUAUUAACAAAAGAAAUAUUAGAUAAAUUUUUAUCAUAUGAAAUUAUUGCUGUUCGUACUGAAAAACAAGCUGAUUAUACAUUGACUAAAGGAACAACUGAGGUUUUAUCAAUAAAUGUAAAAAAGAUUAAAUAUGAUGUAGUUAAUGAAAAAGUUAAAGCAACAGAAACUCAUGAAGCUAUGGAACUGGCUUAA